ACGCAAGGGCUUUUGUUUUCCCUACAAACCUCCGCACUAACCCUGGCCCUUUACCUUCUCUUCUCAACUCAAUUCCUCUCAAAUGUCCUAAUCUCCGUUUCAUAAUGGCAACUAAGAAGCCAAAACCCAAGGAAGAACUACCAGAUGCUUCCUCCUCCGAAGAUGAAGAGGGUUCCUCUGGUGAUGAAGAAACUGAAGAACCUACAGAACAUUCUUCUCCUCCUCCUCAACAAACCCAGAAACCAAUCCACUCUGUUGCUUCUGCCCCUCAAUCCAAAUCCUUUAGCUCCGAAGAAGAUUCCGAAUCUGAGUCCGACGCCGACCCGGAAUCAGCUCCUAAACCUAUUGCCACCAAAAACAUGAAGGAAUCCCCAAAAGCCACCACCACAAAACCAAGGUCGAAAGCUCCGGCAAAACGCCCCAAUGAGAUGGAGGAGUCUCUGAAAGACUCGAAACGGGCGAAGAAGAAAACGGGUGCGGAUCCGGAUGAUGAGGAUCAGAAGAAGCCGCUAGAGGAUACAAAGAAGCAGCUUUUUCAAAGGGUAUGGAGCGAGGAGGAUGAAAUUGCUGUAUUGAAGGGGUUGAUUGCUUUCACCACGAAAAAAGGGAUCGACCCAUAUCAGAAUACGAAUGCUUUUCAUGAUUUUAUCAAGAAAUCGCUUCACGUGGAUGUUACAAGAACUCAAGUGAUGGACAAGAUUAGGAGAUUGAAGAAGAAGUAUGAGAACAAUCUUGGCAGAGGGAAGAAAGGUGAAGAUAGGACUUUUUCGAAACUCCAUGAACGACAAGCUUAUGAUUUGUCUAAAAAGAUAUGGGGCAAUGGAAGUACUAGUGGUGUCCUUGAAUCGGCGGCAAAGUAUAACGCAGAAGCCAAAAAGAAUCAAAACCAGAAAGGGAGUAGUGAGUCCUUAGCUCUUUUCAAAGCUGAGUUGAAUGAUGGAGCUAAGGAAGGGGAGAAGAUGGAUAUUGAUAAUGAUAAGAAAGGGAGCCUGAGCAGUGAAAAAGAGAUGCUUUUGUUUGAUAAGAGUGUUGGGAUGGCUGAUUUGAAGGAGUUUGUAAUCAACCAGGGUUUAGAUAUGAUUGGAGGAGCCAAAAAAGCAGAAUUGGAGGAAAGGUGGAAGAAGCUGCAGAUUGCUCAGUUGCAGUUGUUUGUGGAGCGGAAUGAUUUGAUUAAGGAGCAGACUGAGAUGAUUUUGGAGGCCAUGAAAUCAUCCGGUCAUUAGGUUAUUGGUUGUUCCGUGGUAUAAAUUAUGCUUUUUGUGGUGGUUGUUUUGAGAAUGAUUAAUUAAGCUAUUAAUGUUUUGUGUUUAGUGUUGGCUAAUUGUGGAAUUCUGUGGUAUUUGUGAUUAUAUUAUUCUCUUGAAAGGAGGGUAGUUUAAACUU